UAAUCCUUAGUCCCUUUACAUAUUUCUUUAUAAAUUACUCGCAUUCACAUGCCAACUCUUUCUUGUACUCAUUGCUUGGUUGUCUUCUUCACCAUCUUCCUUAGAUUCUCAUUCUCUGUCUUCAUUUUGCCCCUUUAGCCUUUCACAGUGAAGACAGAGAAUCUUCAGCAAAGAGACAGCACAGAACUGAUCUCUCUAAUAAGUGCCUUUUCCAUUUUGACUCAAAUUUUGUCUUUUUUGGUUCUCUUUUGCUUUGACAUGUGCAUAACCCCUUUUAAAGUAACCUCAUUUUAUCAAUCAUAGUCAUGAAGCAAGUUCUUCAAUGGGUUUUCAAGGAAACAAAUGAAAAACAAGGACAAAGGACUUCACAUUCCACUAAGAAGGGGACAAGUUGGGGUGAAGGAACUGCUAGAUCAGAGGAGAUAGUGGUGUCUAGUCCUUGUGGGAAUUCUCAAAGAUCAAAGGGAUUUGAAGGAAGGAAAUUUGAUCUAAAGAAGUUGAAAUCAUUUGCUUUGUUAUGCAGAAAGGAUAUUGCAAAGUCUUGCUUUUAUAGUACCAUUAAUAUAAAGAGACCAAGAACACAGGGCUUUGAUAAUAUGCACCAAUAUUGGAUUCAAAAGAUGAAAAAAGAAGAAAUUGCUAGAGGAAUUAGAGAGAUUAGUCAAAAUGCAGAUUCUUCUUCUGUUCAUGCUGGCACCAAAGUCUUGCCAAUAACUGAUGCCACUUUAGUAGAGCAAUGUAGCAGUAAGACUGAGAAGAAAGUUUUGGCCAAUGGUGAGAGUAAAACCAAAGCCAAAUCAAGAAUGAAAGAACUUUUGAGAUGGGCUAUGGCUUCAAGAUCAGAAAAAGGAGGAAAGUUCAUCACUGGCAAGGUUUCACGACAGCGAAAUCGAGGAACUCUUAAAGCAGGUUUGGACGAUGAUCGAGGGAGUAACGACUCGCCAAAGAUCAGUUUCAGAUGGGAAGCUGAAAGCUGCUCCUCCAUUUCCUCAGCCUACUCGACGGUGUCGGCAGUGUCCCCGUUCAAGAACUGUUCCAUUGCACUGAAUUCCACUGCCAUUCAGGAAAUCAAUCAAUAUUAUCCAAGAAGAGGAAGCUGGAUCACUACAGAUUCUGAAUUUGUUGUGCUAGAGCUUUGAAGGAGAAGGAAGACAAAUGAUUUGCAAUGUUUCAUCAAUGUGGUAUCUGCUUGCGCUAUGUGAUUUGUAGAUUCUAUGCAAAACCAGAGGAUUUGUUUGUAAAAAUGCUUCAAAUAUCUAUGCAAAACAUAUAUCUGAAAUAACAUUUUGAUUGUAACUCAAAUAAUCAUCUAACAAGUCUUUGGUGUAAGAGGUUAA